AUGAUACUCCAACACUCCACCCUCACGGCGGUCGUAGCCGUUCUGCUACUGUUUCUGGCGAACGCCUCCGCUCUUGUGGCGCCUUGGACGACGAACUUCACCCAGCAGGAGAUCGACAGUGGCACCGUCCUCGCGGACCUCAACAGGAAAGCCUACAACAACGUGCUCGCACGUCUUGCGGACAACACCAACAAUACUGCGCGGUGCACGAAAGAAAACAUCAAAGUCCGGCGCGAGUGGAGGAGUAUACCGGCCGAGGAGCGCAUCAGAUACACCGACGCCGUCACCUGUCUGCAACGGACGCCGCCCCUCUACGCCGACGUCCCCGGCUCAAAGUCCAUGUUCGACGACUUCGUCGUCCUGCACCAGCGCGCGACGAAUUUCAUACACUCGUCGGCAACUUUCUUCCUGUGGCACCGCUACUACAUCUGGACGUAUGAGAAGCGGCUAGAGACCGAAUGCGGCUACAACGGAACCUUCCCUUACUGGGAGUGGGGGCACGACACCACGGACAACCUCUCCUCUAGCCCCGUUUUCGAUGGCUCCCCGACCUCCAUGGGCGGCGACGGCGCCCCGUCCCGCAUGGGGGCCUCCCCCUCGAGUAACGUCACCACUGACCUCCCGGCCGGCAACGGCGGCGGCUGCGUCACCCGCGGCCCCUUCUCCAACAUGACGGUCCACCUCGGCCCGCAUGCGAUGCCGUCCUAUGGCAACGUUACCGCUCAAAACUCGGCCACGCCUGAGGAGGACAACCCGCGCUGCCUGAGGCGGGACCUCAGCGCCUACCCGCUGCGCCGGUGGGCCAGCUUCCGCAACACGACGACCCUGAUCCGGGACAACCGCGAUAUCGAGAUGUUUCAGGCCGUCGCACAGGGUGACUCGCGGUACGUCGACGCCGGGCAGCUGGGCAUCCACGGCGGCGGGCACUAUUCGCUGGGCGGAAAUCCGUCUUCUGAUGUCUUCUUGAGCCCUGGCGACACGGCGUUCUAUCUGCACCAUGGGCAGAUGGACAGGGUGUAUUGGAUCUGGCAGAACCUAAACUGGGCGAAUCGCCAGGUGAGUGCCGCCAUUCCGUCUUAUUGGCAGCACCUACUGCUUGUCCCUCUAAGCGUAGCGGCGACCGAUGGAUGA